AUGAAAUCAUUGAAAAAUGAUCGAUAUUGGAUUUCAACAGUUCAUUCAACAUUAAAUUUAUUUGCUGCUGGUCAUGAUAAUCAAAUAUUCACGACGAUUGGAAAUUACAACAUCAAAAGGUGUUCCUCUAAUGUAAUUACAAAGGAUGAUUCAGGUGUUUUUCAUCAUACAACAUCAAAUCAUAUUAAGUAUGCAUUUAUCAAUGGUGACGAUGGAAUUAUUCAUAUACUUGAUUUAUAUAUUUGUAUAACAAAAGUUAAAGUAAUAGAAAAUACGAUGAAACGUGAAGCCCAUUCACCAAAACUAUUUUAUCCAGCAGUUGGAUUAAAAUUAGAAGAAUUAGUUCGACGUCGUCAAAUCGCUUAUCGUUUAAAAAAUAAUGGAAAAUUUCAAAAUCAACAAUCAAUUGAAAUAUCAAAACAUGAUGAAAAACGUUCAUGUGAAUUAGCUGCUUAUUUUACUCAUUUACAAUUACAACCAAUACAUAAAAUCAUGACAUUAAAAUCUUCACUUAAUCAAGCAUUUAAAUUAACAAAUUAUAAAACUGCAACAAACUUUACCAAACGUUUAUUGGAAUUGGAACUAACACGGAAAGUAUUAAGUGUUCGUGAAAAAAUUCCAAUUGAUGAACAUCCAUUAAAUUAUGAUGAAUAUAGUCCAUUUAAUAUUUGUGCAGCAUCCCAUGUACCACAUUUAUCGUGA